AUGCAAGGUGCCGUCACUCGUCCGAUUCUCCAAAGGGGCAUGGUAAAGGCUAUAUCCUUCAAUGCUGCCAACCGCUCAGAGGCGAUGGCCGUCCUUAAAUACUACUUAAACAACACCACGGCACAGGAACUCUAUACACGGAUUGGAACGGCCUUAUCCGAUCCAAUGCUUCUCUCUACAGAUGUUGAGAAUUUCCUGUCUGCGCUAGAGGGUAUCGGGAUCGUAACUUCUAGCGCGCAUGCUGCUGUGAACGACAAUGUGGUCAGGCACUGCCUUCGCUGUCACCAACCGUAUAUGGAACGCGAUAACAGAGCGCGUUCCUGCAAUAUUCUCCACACUCUACAAAUGCCUGCUAGACCGGAAGUGGUAGGCCAAGCGCCGAAGGUUCGAGCCAUUUGCUGCGGGGCCGAUCUAAGCAUUGAAGUUGCAACGAAGACGCUCCAUUUCACGGGACGUCACACGACGUCAGUGCAGAACGUGGCAUACAAUACGACCAAUGUCAAGACGUGUGCUGAAAUGGGAUGUGCUGGGAACGCUGCUGUGAUCACGAAAGGGGCAUGA